AUGACAAGUAUCGAGUAUACAUUCGAAUGGCCAGCUGGCCCUAAAGAGGUUAUUGUUACUGGCGAAUUCGAUGAGUGGAAAGGAACCUUACCUCUGGUCAAGAGCUCUACAGGAGCAUUUGAAUUAACGUUUCCAGUGAAAAUUCCUGAGGGUAGAGACAAAAUAUUCUUCAAAUUCAUCGUUGAUGGCAAUUGGGUCACUAGCGAUGCUUACAACAAGGGGUACGAUCAGCUUUCCGGUAUUGAAAAUAACUAUAUCUCCGAGACGGAGGCUGAAGCGUUGAGUGAGAACCCUGCUGAGGCCAAGAUUCCAGAGGCUGGUGGUUUGGCAUUUGCAACAGCUGCUACUAGAGGACCUAGCAAGACUGAGGACCCGUUGGAGACAAAUGUCCCAGUUGAGACAAAGGCUCCAGAUGAGACAAAGGUCCCAGAAGCUGCUGGUUUGCCAUUUGUUGCUGCCGCAGCGAAUGGUGCUGUGAAAACUGAGGAACCAGAGCAUGCAUUGGAUUCUCAAGCUAUAAAGGAGGUCACAAAGACGGUGGAUCCAGUUGACCCACCUGUACCAACGCCAACCGAGAAACACAAUGGCCCAACUCCUGGACCUGUUCCACAUAUUCCUGUCAACACUUCGCAGGCAGGCAUGGCGGCGGCAGCCUCUAAGGAAGUAUCCGAGCCCGAACAAAUUAGAUUUAAGAUUGUAAGAAGAAUCAGAAAAAAUAGGAAAACAGGUGAGGUUACCAUUCUUUCGGAGGAAAAAAUUCCCUUGGGCCCUGAUGAAGUCACGCCGGAGGGCUCAAUUGUUCACGUGGAGGAGACUGGCCACAUAGAUUCGGAACCUACGCCUGCCUCUCAACCCUCAAUACCAGCGGAGACAGGAACUGGAGUUAAUCAAUCAGGCCCUGAGGAGAACGUUCAUAUUCUUCCUAUAAGAGACCCAGCUCCAAAUGAUGAAACCGCCCACAAUCCAUUGGCAGGCGGACCUGGUCCGGUAAUUCCAAACAAUGCAGCUGAGAUCAAGGCAUUUACCCAAGUUAGAGAUGUUGACGCUAAGGCACUCAACGAAAGGUUAAACUCGGAAGUUGAAGGGACAUCCGCUACUACCUUAGAUCCCAAGACCAAUGUUUCAAUUUCAAAUGGGGGACCUGUUGAGCCAGCACCAGUAACUUCAAAGAUUGAGGCCGAAGAAGUUAAAAAAGUGGAAAACGAACCUGUUCCUGCUGAUGUUCCUUCGAAGGUGCCAGUCACUACCACGACCGCCACCAAAACCUCAAAGAAGCCUUCCCCAAAAACUGCAAGCCCACCUAAAUCCGAAGAAAAAAAGAAGAAGAAGGGCGGAUUUUUCUCUAAAUUAAAGAAAGUUUUCGACUAG